AUGGGCCGCCUUGUCAAUCAAGCUUUAGAGAGAGCCACCCACAGUCACGGGGAACUUUUGAACCCUUCAGCACUGAGAGCCGAGCUCGCUGGCAAACAGUUCUGUGGGGAGAGGCAGGAGUGGGAGCUGGGCUGCAUUAUUCUCACUUCCGUGCGCUGGGCCCUUGCACACCUCCCCCUCUUUCACAAUUAG